GUCAAACGGGGCCGAGGAUAUAGGCCGCGUGGGCCGAAAGCAGCAAGGGGGUGCGGUGGUGUCAGGCACAGGCACGACGGUUGAAACCUCGUGGACUAACCGGCGCCAUGACAGGACGCAUCCUUAAUAUGUGAAGGUUUUACGCAUACAAACUCUAGACUUACGCGCGACUUUAGGCCCGUCUUUAGUCUUGUUUCGUCCGUUUCGAGGGCUGGAAAUUCGCGCGAACGCGAGGGAUCCAUACAAGUCAUUACCAUUUUAUAAAACGAGUACUAGGUGGGGCAGGUCAGCAGGACUAUGGCUGUUUAAGUAAGGCGCCCUUAAUGAUUGGCUUGACGGACGUGAGCAAGGCUCACAGCGCUCCUGUUGGAGACCCCGGGUCUGUGACGAUACCGCUGCCGCUGCCUGGCAAAGGCGACUCGAAGGGCUGCGCGACGCUUGUAGUAGCUGCUAGCUGCCAGGCCCAGCCGGCAUGCGGACCUUCUACGGGCCAGGUGGCAACCCGGAUGGCGAUUGGCGUGGAGCCAGCCGCUAACAGCGGUUACAACGGCGCCACGACUUGCAUUGACGCGGCGGAAAAUAGCUCCGUGUUUACAAGUCCUCAGCCAGUUAUCCUUAGGGACAACGAACAGGCCGAAAGCAGGAUGGCCCACAGCGAGUUCAUCCCCGUGGAAGGGACGACAAGCAAACCUGCGCAAAGCAAUCGCACAGUCGAACAAGAACAGGUUCUGACAGCAGCUGCGCGAAAUCAGUCAGUGGAGGCUGGCGGUCUUCCCCGACCAGCGGUUGAGCCGAGCGCUGCGGCGUUUGUUGUGCCACACACCGGCCUCGGGGGCACUAGCUCUGUGGCACCUACGCCCGAAACCUUGGCUGCACUCGCCGCUGCGCCCACCACACCUGCAACUGCAGCAUCAGCAGCCAGCACCUGCAUCAGCGGCGGUGCCGCGCACAGCAGUACCUCUGCCGCAGCCAUGUGGAAAUUCGAGUCGGUUAGCUUCAAGCCGCUGUUCGAGGAGCACAGCGGCCUACGAGCACUAACUGCCCAACUCGCCGGCGCGCCUGGCUCCCAGAACGGCCCUGGCAUUACCGCCGCCGCAGGCACCGGCACCGGCACCGGCGGGCCCAGCUUCGCAGCCGCUUGCAAUUCGCUGCCGCCGCCAUCACUGCCUGUGCUCCCCAGCAUCAACCAGGAGCUCGCCACCGUGCCGCCGCACCACCUGUCUUCGCAGCUGCAGCUGUGUCUAAGGCACGUUUAUGGACGCACCGCGCCCGCCGCCGCGAUCGUGGCGGAGGCGCCGCCGCCGUACAAGCCGCUCAAGCUGCUGCUGAGCAUGGGCAAGGCCGAGAUCAUUGCGUGGCGGGAGGAGGUCGAGCGGGCGUGGUUUGCCAAGCUGAGAGACACGCCACGCCUCAGCAGCCGCAAGCCUGCGGCAGCAGCAGCAACAGCAGCAGCAGCAGCAGCAGCAGCAGCAGCAGCAGCAGCAGCGGCGGCGGCGGCUGCACCCGUGGCCACGGCGGCAGCCCCGGAGGUCAGGGCAGCAGCACUGGCAUCGGGGGUCUGCAGCGGCUCCACCACCGAGGCCUCCGCAGCCGCCGCGGCCGCAACCGCCGCGGUCGCUGCUGUUAUGGCGUCCGCUGCCGCAGCUGCUGCUGCUGCAGCAGCAGCGUCAGGCGGCGGCGGGGCGCGGGGAACGGCUCCCGCCGACAGCGGCCGCCGGUCGCCCUCGGCGGCGGCGGCUGCUACGUCGUCGUCGGCAACAACAAGCGCCGCGACUGCAUCCCUGGGGAGCCUGCCCGCCACACGCUCUGCCUCCGCUGCCUCCAUUCUGGAGUUCCAGCUUGUGUCGGCAGCGUCGUGCUGCGCGGACAGCAGCGGCAGCGCCACCACGCUGCGCAGCUGCCUCGCUGCCAGCAGCGGCAGUGGCAGCAUGGGCGUCAGCAUGAGCACCGCCGCCAGCCUCAUGGGGGUGCUGCCCAAUGCAGCCGACAGCCCGGCCCGCAAGCAGAAGGAGGCGGCCGCUGCCACUGCCGCUGGCACUGCUGCAGCUGCAUGCGCCAACGCGGUGGGCGCCAUCGACGGCGCUGAUGUUGUGGAUUCGGCGGUGGUGGCGGCGGCAUCCGCCGCCGCCGCGGCGGCUGCAGCGGCUGCGGUGGCCUCCGCUGUGGCACGCGGCUUGUCCCCGCGCAGCAAGUCACCCAGCUCCAGCAGCAGCGGCACUGCUGACGUGCCCACCGGCGGCGGCGGCCGGGACCAGCGCAGCAACAACGGCAGCAGCAGCGGCAACGGCGCCGGCGGCAGCGCUAGCAAGCUGCAGAAAUCCAAGCUCGGGAAUGGAGUGACGGCGUCCGAGGGGCGCCGGUCCGGCUUGGCAGCGGCCGAUGCGCUGCCAUCGCCGACUCGACACUGCGCCAGCGGGAACGGCGCCAACACUGGCAGCCACCGCCUGCCGCCGCCGCCACCACCGCCGCCGCCACCGCACCGGCGCACGUUUCCUGGCACCGGAAACGGCGGUUUCGUCGGGUACGGCGGUAUGGCGCCGUACAGUGGCCCACCCCCGCCGCCACCACCGCCGCCGCAUGGUGGGCCGCUGCUGGUGCCCAUGAUGCUUUUUCAGCCGCCGCCGCCGCCGCCGCCGACAGCGCCGCUACUGCUGCCGGCAGCGUCAGCACCGGCGGCUCUGCCGGACCACGUGACAGGCGGCAUGAGCCGGCACCAGCCGCACGUGGUACCUGUGCACAUGGGUACGGCGGCGGUGCCCAUGCCCAUGCCCGUGCCUAUGGUCCUGCCUAUGGCGGCAUCGCCUCAGCAGCGGGGGUCGCAGCGGGCCUUCGCCCAGGCAGCGCCGCUGCAGCAGCAGCAGCAGCAGCAGCAGCAGCAGGCCGCCGCCGCCGGGCCUCAGAUGGUCAUGCUGGUGCCGCUGCUGCCGUACGGAUGUGCGCCGCAGCCGCCGCCGCAGCAUGCGCCCGGCGUCGGUUGGCCGCAGCAGGGCGGGCAGCAGUACGUGUACAGCGGGCAGUUCGGCGGUUGGGAUGCGGCGCAUGCUGAGCCGUACUACUGGACGCCGCAGCACGGCAGUGCCGCGGAUGCCCCGGGCCAGUCCCAGUACCAGCAGCAAGGCCGCGGCAAAUGGGAUGGCCAGCAGCAGCAGCGGCGCAGCGCCAGCGGCUUAAUUUGAGGAGCGCCAGCACCGCCAGGAGAUGGCCUCCUUUGCGUGCUGCGGCGGCCGGUGUGACGGCUGCCGCUUUUAGGUAUGGCAGGGAUCACGCUAGGAGCUUGUUGUGUGGAGCUGUUUACGGAUGAUAGCUAGGAGCUUGUUACGCCAACGCUAUGCGCUGGCAGGUCUGGCAAGUCAGGAUGCGAGGGACAGGUGUAUCGGGGUAGCUGCUAGGGAUUUGGCCUUCGUGCGUGAUCAUGUAUGGUUUUAUCGCAAAGUGUCCAUGCAUGGAGCCACCUCAUCGAUGCUGUUUUUUUGUGUGUAUAUGGCAAGUGAUGGUGUCAUCCACUGCACACGGCUGCCUACCAGCAGCGCAAAACAAACGCCAGCAACUGCAAUGUCAGCCCCUGACUGGGGCCUGUUGGUGUUCAGUAUCAUGGUAUUCGAUGUGGGUGGCUUGGAACAUGCUAGUCAUAUGUGAUGCUGAGCCCGCUCGUAUUGAGGGAAACGGGAGAUUGCUAUUGUACUCGUGACGUAUCUCGUCCGCGCGCGUAUUCUUCAUGCGAAAUACAGCAGUCGUACUAUUUCAACUUUUUCGGGUGGCAUCCGCCGGACAAUUACCUCCGGCGGCAUGUACAUAGGGGCUGGCAUUGGAACUUGUUCGUACGUUGGGCGCAUGCCAGCAGCAAACGGCCGUCCGGCAGGGUCCUUCGUGGCCUCUCGUCCACGUGGCCUCUGCAGUCGUGGCCGGUGUGCGUGCUGUGCGUGAUUGCAUCAUUCCCUCUACGGCGGAGUGAUUCAAGCCUGAUAAGCUGGAUCAGUCGGCCUGCGGGUGCCCCGGUAGCAAACAGUAGCAAAAUAAUACACCGUACAUAACAGUUGAAUGAGGUUGCGCCUGCGUCCGGCAUAACCCACAGUGCGAGUUGUUUGAGUCGGGGCGCUGCGCAUGGAUUCCGCUGUUACGGGAAUGGAUGGAAGUGUGCCCAGAGCGGGCCUAUGGAAGUGUGUUCGAAGCAGUUUGCGCAGUCCACAUGUGCACGGGAACGGCAAGUGCCUCCAGCGUUACAGAACCGGGCUGUAACGGAUUUUGGGUCGUUGAGGUUGGCCAUCAGCGCACAGCAGGCGAGCGGCCACAGCUUAGCAUGGCGGUUGCAGGCGCUGCUGUUGAGAUGGACAAUGGGAAGCACGAUGCAUCUGCUGUGUUGCGGCGCGCAGUUGGCUGCGCAUGCUUCAUGUUGUCGAUGCCGAACGAUGACCCAUGAUCAUGACCCAUGCGGCCAUGCGCUGAGAACAGGAAAGGUGGCUCUGCGCACACCACGUUAGUGCAUGUCUGAGUUCGUUCGAAGGUUUCAGAAGUACCGCAUGUCACCUCCACCUGCCCCCGCCACCUUUCUCCUCUAGCCGGGAUCGGGUUGUACAGGCACGGCUUGUCAUGUGUCCAGACGCGUCCCGCUGUCGCGCACAAGCACAGCAAGCAGCGCUGAGGACUGGUGAGGAAUGUCCACGGGGCGGCGGACAAAGCGCCGGAGGGGAGGUGUCAUGGCCAUUGGCUUAUGGAGGUUGCUGCAUAUAUACAGCUGCAGAUAAGAGCUACCGCAUUCCAGCUGUAACCGCACCCACAG